GCGCUGGGGUUGCUCAAAUGAAGUGGAGACCCGAUACGGAUUGCCAUGGCCACGGCCUCACGACACGCGCUAUAUCUCAUCCCUACUCUCCUUCGUCUCGGCCACCGCCAUCCCUCUCUCUCCCUUCCCGUCUAGUCUCCUCUGAGACCUGUCCUUCAUUUUUUCUUCGCUCGUCUGGCCGGCCUGCGCACUAGUUCUUUUGGUACCGGAUACCGCCGCAGUUGACCUGUCCCCUUCUCGCAUACGACAAUGACCGAGAGCUGGUUCCGCCGCGAAUUCCUCACCCCGAGGCGCCUCAUCUUCAAUGUCCUAUUCUACGGCCUCCAGCUAUUCUUCUUCGGCUACGGAUGGUUCUCCCAGGAAAGGAACCAGAAGCUCGCCGCACUCAACGGCCUUAAGUGGUCUGUCUGGGUCUCCCGAGGUGCUGGCCUGACCCUCGCCUUCCUCGGGGGAUGUAUCCUCCUUCCCAUGUUGCGCAAUGUCAUCCGUAUCAUUCGUCCCAAGCUCGCCUGGCUCUUCCCCGCGGAUGAGAACAUCUGGUUCCACAGGCAGGUCGCGUACGCGCUGGCCUUCUGGUCCAUGGUGCACACCACUGCCCACUACGUCAACUUCUUCAAUGUCGAGCGCACCCAGGUCCGUGUCGAGAAGGCUCUGGACAUCCACUACACCCAGCCCGGCGGUAUCACAGGGCACUUCAUGCUCCUCAUCAUGGUGCUUAUGUACACGACCGCGCACCACAAGGUCCGCCACCAGUGCUUCGAGGCCUUCUGGUACACCCACCACCUCGCGUUCUUCUGGUUCAUCGGGCUCUACGCGCACGCUACCGGUUGUUUCGUGCGCGACUCCGUCGAACCUGCGUACACAUACACGUUCCCGUUCUACAACACCGAGUUCUGCUUGGGCUAUGAGAGCUGGCGCUGGACGAUCUGGCCGGGCAUCGCGUACUUUGCUGAGCGUGUGUGGAGGGAGAUCCGCGCAAGGAGGGCGACUCGGCUGUCCAAGGUGCUCGUACACCCCAGCGGUGCUAUGGAGCUCCGUAUCAUCAAGCCAAGCUUCAAGUAUGUCGCUGGCCAGUGGUUGUUCAUCAACAUCCCGGAGAUCUCCAGCUACCAGUGGCACCCCUUCACUAUCACCUCUGCGCCCGAGGACCCGUACGUCUCCGUCCAUAUCCGUCAGGUCGGCGAUUGGACAUUCGGCCUUGGAGACCGUCUAGGCGCCGGCCCGUCUGUCGUCCAGGCUAUGACGAAGGCCGCAAUGGCCGGUCAGGAGAAGGACGAGGAUGGCUACGGCACCCGUGGCAACUUUGUUGAGCUUGCCAGCGGCUCGCGGGACCUGCCUGAGGUCCGUAUUGAUGGCCCGUACGGCGCUCCCGCUGAGGAUGUGUUCAACGUCGAGGUUGCGGUGCUCAUCGGUGCCGGUAUUGGUGUGACGCCUUUCGCGUCUAUCCUGAAGCACAUCUGGUACCGCCAGAAGAAGGGCACGCUCAUGAACUUGAAGCGCGUGGAGUUCUUCUGGGUGUGCCGUGAUGCUCCGUCGUUCGGGUGGUUCCAGACGCUCCUCCAGGAGGUCGAGGAGGCUCAGAUUGACCCCAACUUCUUGCGCAUCAACAUUUACCUCACACAGAAGAUCAGUGAGGACAUGCUCUGGAACAUCGCAGUGAACGACGCAGGCGCGGAGUACGACCCGCUCACGCUGCUCCGCACGCGCACGAUGUUCGGGAGGCCCGACUGGAAGACGAUCUACAGCCGGAUGCGCCAGGCUAUCGAGGUCGGCCAAUACUUGCCUGGCAUCAACUCGCAGCUCAAGACCAACGUGGGCACGUACUUCUGCGGUCCGACUGUGCUUGCGAGGGCCAUCAAGGAGGCGACCGUCGCUGAGACCACGAAGGACAUCAACUUCAGCUUCGCCAAGGAGCACUUCUAGUCCAUACCUGGGCACGAGACGGAGGGUGGUAGAAAUGGACUGUCGUGUGUCGUAUAGAGUGUUGACUGCUCUUGAGUGGUGGACCAAGUCGUUUGCUUGCUGUGUUGUAUAACAGACCGUUUACUCUUGCAAUGGCAUAAACUUUGGCGCGUGA